CACUGGCCAUUCGUGUAGAAGCGCCAGUCGCCAUGUUUGGAUAGGAUGAAGCGUCCUUCUCUGCGAACGUGUAAGAUGCAACGAACACGAAUGUGAUUCAUUUCGUGCGUCAAGCGUUGCAUUCGACGACUGGCCGUCAGUCGACACGAUCCGUGGCAGUGUUUUCAAAUGUGGAUGGGCCACCAGUGCGCCGAUAUUCGCGGAUUUCAUGAUGAUGCCUAUUAUUCGUUUUAAAUGGGAAACGAUUGACCUUCGACAAAUACUUGCAAAGUAGGCGAUGAGUGAUGAAACACCGGGGGCUGGACAGAGUGCCCUGCCCCGGGAGGGCUUGGCAUCCAAGCCGGCGGUGGUUCGUAACGUUCAGAUGGCAGGUGGGCAGUACGUCGUCACAUCGCAAAGUUCAAACCCUGCGUAUAUACCUCAGUCAGUUGCUGGUUCACAACAAGGCAUUCAACGUAUUAUUAACAUAAGUCCAACAAAAGUUAACCAAACAACGCCAUUGCGACCCAGUUUGACCAAUCAAAGUAUUGUUCAAGCCCUUACCAAGACCAGGUCACCAGCCAGCAAUGUGCGACUACUGCUUCAAAAUGCCAACGACACGACAUCAACCCCAGCCCCUCGUACGGCACCCAAGCGAUUUCUACCAACUCCGCAAGACAAGAAGGAAACCUACGCCACGAAACUGCAGCGCGUCCUCAAUCAUCGCAAUGUGCGCUCGAAGUACGUUCGUGAGAAGUAUAACGAGCACUUGUUGGAGAUGUACCACCUGGAGUUGGGAGGCAGCUUGCUGGACUUGUACCAGUUUGCCAAACGACCGAAAACCGCGCAAUUUCUCUUGUAUAUGAAAGAGAAUAGUAUCGAUCCCAAAGAUGUCGAAGAGGCCACCACUCCGCCGAUUCCGACGGCUACGGCGGCCAGCUCCCUGCCUGGUAUGUCAAGCAACACCAGCACGAACACGGCGACUACUUCUGCGAUUAUGAACUCCUCCACGCCGGUGUCGAGUCCUGUCCCCAGUGCGUCAAAACCGCCACUGGAUACAAAGACUCCGACCGUGAAGGUACCCAAACAACCCACGGCACCGACAACGCCCACCAAUCCAGAGCAGAUUGUUGAAAAGGCAAAGCACGAAGCUUAUAUCGUGCAGCGCAUUACCGAUCUGCAGAAGGAGGGUCUCUGGACGGAGAAGCGUUUGCCUAAAGUGCAGGAAAUGCCGCGGGUGAAAGCGCAUUGGGACUACCUGCUGGAGGAGAUGGUAUGGCUGGCCGCUGACUUUGCGCAGGAACGCAAGUGGAAGAAGGCGGCGGCGAAGAAAUGCGCGCGAAUGGUACAGAAGUACUUUCAGGACAAGGCGCAGGCGGCGCAAAAGGCCGAGAAGGCGCACGAGCAGCACAUGCGACGCGUUGCCGCCUUCGUCGCUAAAGAGAUUAAGAACUUCUGGAACGUCGAGAAGUUGGUUGAGUACAAGCAAAACACACGGCUGGAGGAGAAACGCAAACAAGCGCUCGAUCAACAUCUCAGUUUCAUCGUGGACCAGACCGAGAAGUACUCGCAAUUACUUGCGGAGGGCAUGAAUAAGCCGAUUGCCGAACAAAAUAGCACCUCGAAUCCGGCAUCGAAUGCUAAUUCUGAUGAUGAAUUUCGUCCAGAUAUUGACAGUACUGAUGAUGAGGAGACGAUUGCACAAGAGGAGGCUCAAGACGAAGGCGAGAAGAGUGAGGAGAUUGCUGCGUUGCAGCGGGAAUCGCAAAUGGAUUUCGAUGACUUCUUAAGUGAAUUGCCAAAGGACUACCUGAUACACAGAGACAAGAUUCGACUCAGUGAGUCAUCGGAAUCUAGCGAUUCCAAUGAAGCGUCUACGACUGCUUCCACAACUAGUAAAACGAAAAAAGUCAUUGACGAGGAUUUCACAAUGGACUCUAGUGGAGAAGAUGACGAGAACACUAUACAAGAACAGGAGCAAGCCGAAGGCGAGCAAGAUCAUCAGGCCGAAAUUGACGACUUGAAUGAUGAGGCAGAGAUGGACAUUGAGGAAUUGCGGCGGAAGUAUGCGAACAUGCAGUCACCACCACCCGACGAGAGUUCCAAUAUGACGCCGACCAGUGGCGAUGAGGCGGCAACGUCAGAUCAAGAGCGCGACGAUGAUGAUGUUUCGGGUGAGAGUGAAAGCGAGGAUGAAGUCGAUGAGGACAAGAUGUCCACGACGUCCGAGAAGGAAUCGCGUACGGAAAUCGGCCUGAAAUCACUCUUGGACGAUUCCAAGGAAGGAGAGGAGAUCAAGACUGAUAACAACGAUCUGAUUAACGAUGCCGCCGCCAUCGCCGAGAGUAUACAGCCGAAGGGUAAUACUCUGUCAUCUACAAGUGUCGUUACACCGAUUCCGUUCCUGUUGAAAUUCACACUGCGAGAAUAUCAACACAUUGGUCUUGAUUGGCUGGUGACGAUGUUCGAACGCAAGCUGAAUGGCAUAUUGGCUGAUGAGAUGGGUUUGGGUAAAACCAUCCAGACGAUUGCGUUGCUCGCGCACCUUGCUUGCGAGAAAAGCAACUGGGGCCCGCAUCUUAUAGUCGUACCCACAUCGGUAAUGCUCAAUUGGGAAAUGGAGUGCAAGAAGUGGUGUCCUGGCUUCAAGAUCCUCACGUACUAUGGCUCGCAGAAGGAGCGUAAGCUGAAGCGUACCGGUUGGACGAAGCCUAACGCAUUUCACAUUUGCAUCACCUCGUACAAACUGGUGAUUCAAGACCAUCAGAGUUUCCGCCAAAAGUGGAAAUAUCUCAUCUUGGACGAGGCGCAAAACAUUAAGAACUUCAAGUCGCAACGAUGGCAACUGUUGUUGAACUUUCAAACACAGCAGAGGUUGUUAUUGACUGGUACACCGCUGCAAAAUAAUCUGAUGGAGCUGUGGUCGUUGAUGCACUUUCUGAUGCCGAAUGUGUUUCAAUCACAUCGGGAGUUCAAGGAGUGGUUUUCGAACCCGGUGACUGGCAUGAUUGAAGGCAAUUCGGAGUAUAACGAGAAUAUCAUCAAGCGAUUACACAAGGUGCUAAGACCGUUUUUACUACGACGGUUAAAAUGUGAAGUGGAGAAGCAGAUGCCCCAGAAGUUUGAGCACGUCGUCAUGUGUCGCUUGUCUAAGCGACAAAGAUUUCUCUACGAUGACUACAUGUCUCGAUCGAAGACGAAGGAAACCCUCUCGACCGGAAACUUGCUCAGCGUUAUCAAUGUGCUCAUGCAACUACGAAAAGUGUGCAACCAUCCUAAUCUGUUCGAGGCACGCCCGACGAUCUCGCCGUUUCACUGCGAGGGAAUCGUGCAGCACGUACCGGCUAUAGUCUACUCGGCGUUAGAUUACGACGUGUGGAAGAACGUAGACCUCAAAACUAUAGGUUUGAAUCUACUGCACUUGGAGUUUCACUUUGGUGCUUAUCAGUGUUAUCGUCAGCGGCAGUUAAAAACUACUAGAAAACUUAUCGAAGUAAUUUCCACUCGUACUAAGCCACCUUCAUGCCCACCGUCGAGAUUAUGCCUGAAAGUGCAUCGAAAUCCAGUUAAUAAAGCCUCGUCGAUAAAAGAUGAAGUUAAAUCAGCACCGAAAGUGAAACUGAUUCAACAUCCAGGUGGAAUUAAAGCUGUGCAAAUAGCAACUGGAUCAACAACCCCAACAACAGGUACCAUUAAUUUAUCCAGUGUUCUAACACCAUCCGUACCAAGUUAUGCUCAACUCGUGGAAACUCUCACAGGCAAACACAUCCUGUUCACGCCCACCUGCAACAUCAAUACAAACAGCAUGGGUAUUACGGGCACAACGACUGUAAUGACAUCAAGCGGACAAAAACUUACUCUGUUGCCCAAACAGUCGAUAGCAUCCACCACACCGAACAAUCAAUCAUCAGCUAUUGCAAAGGCAGUUGUAAAGGUGCAGCUCACAUCAUUGCCUAACAAUGCGGGCUCGCCAAUCGCCAAAGACAACAUUAAUGUUGACGUUACGCCAGCGCGUAAAUCGAUUGACUCGAAGUUUAUUGAACGGCUGUACAUGCAGGCGCCGAAUAGCAAUAAAAGUAUUGAUGUACGGUAUGCGUCAACGUUCAGUCAGAGCGAAGACGAGAAGGAUGAGGAAGAUGCAGAGACGUGGCAGAGCUAUAAGCUGGAUCAACUGGCGCGGUUCAAUGAGACGCGUUGCUCGGGCGAACCAAUUUACGGGAUGGAUUUGUUAGAGAGUUUGAGGAAAUUUGGAUCCGCUGUAAGUGCGAAUAAUUCAUGGAGCAAUGGCAGGCGAGUGUGUCAUGAAGUGCAGUAUGGUCUGAAUGAACGACAAACGUCGGAUACGUUGAAGGAAAUCAUCUACACACCGACAAAACUUAUAGAACAACUUAACUAUAUAUUUGACAGAUUUAUUGUUUACGUGCCUUCUGCCUACGCGCCUGAACCCGAGCUGCAAGUGUGGAAUCCUAACCCAAGCACGUACUGGGGCCGAAUACAGGAGCGCAAGCAGUUUGCGCUGCAGCUGAGCGAACCUACCGAGCCGCUGCAUCACAUUGCGUCCAGCAUGAUAACACAGUUUCCGCAUCCGCGUCUCAUACAGUAUGACUGUGGCAAAUUGCAGACGCUCGACCGGCUGCUGCGACGACUCAAGUACGGUUCGCAUCGCGUGCUCAUUUUCACGCAGAUGACAAAGAUGCUGGACGUGCUGGAAGCGUUCUUGAAUUUCCACGGACAUAUCUACUUGCGACUUGAUGGAUCGACACGAAUCGAUCAACGACAGAUACUCAUGGAGCGUUUCAAUGGAGAUCCGAAAAUCUUCGCGUUUAUCCUUUCGACACGCUCUGGUGGCGUUGGUGUGAAUUUGACGGGCGCAGACACUGUGAUAUUUUACGAUUCCGACUGGAAUCCGACCAUGGACGCGCAGGCACAAGAUAGGUGUCAUCGAAUCGGGCAGACACGAGAUGUGCACAUCUAUCGCCUGGUCAGCGAGAUGACCAUCGAGGAAAACAUCCUCAAGAAAGCCAAUCAGAAGCGAUUAUUGGGUGAUCUUGCUAUUGAGGGUGGCAACUUUACUACUGCAUACUUCAAGAGCACAACAAUUCAAGAUCUAUUCAGUAUUGAUCAGAGCGAACAAUCAGCGGCGACACGUAUGUCUGAUGUCAUUGCAAGUAGUCGCGAGCGUGAAAAACACGCUGAGGAGACGUCUGUAUCAGCAUCGGACGAGAAGUCUGCGAUGGGUGCAUUGGAGAGUGCUCUAGCCGCUGCCGAGGAUGACCAAGACGUCAUUGCUGCCUGUACAGCAAAGGCGGAAGCUGUAGCUGAACUAGCAGAGUUUGACGAAAACAUCCCUCUUGAAGAUAAGGAAGACAAAGAAAAAGAGCCAGAAAUCAGCAAGGCAGAGCAAGAAGUUGUCAAUCUCAUCAAACAAUUAACGCCUAUCGAGAGGUACGCAAUGCGAUUCAUCGAAGAGACCGAAUCCGCUUGGUCAGUCGAACAACUUGCAGCCGCCGAACGCGAAAUUGAAGAGAAGAAGCGUGAGUGGGAAGAGAACCGCAUAGCGACAAUGCGCGAGGAGGAGGAGCGUCGGGCGCGCGAGCUAGAGGAAGAGAGCGAGCUUCUCACGUUUAGCCGCGAGGACGCAACGAAUCAGAUUUGGGUAUCGCAAAACUCGAGCGAACAGAUGCCGAUGUGGUGUCCGCCGACUCCACCACAGCAGGAUGAUGACGUGUACAUUGAUCAUACGGUGGCGUUUCUCUACGAUACCAGCAAUGUCAUGCUGGAAACGCAGUUGCCCAAUGUCUACAUUCGAAAGGAGACGAAACGCACUCGUGUGGAUGCUGGUUUGGUGGAUAGUCGACGGCCGACGAAGGUGCAUAAGCGCGAGGAUAUUAUGCAACCACCCAAGUCUAUAUUCAACACAUCGCUUGCGGUGAAGAUGCGUAGGGAUGCACGCAUUCAGAAAUUCCGUGGACUUAUGCGACCGCAAAUGGCGCCCAUGGGUCCGGGGGUGAAAUACCCCGGGAUUAAACCGCAUGUGGAGCCACCCGGACACAAUUGGACGAUUCAUGAAGAUGCCGCCAUCUUGAAAGUUAUACAAUCGUAUCAGGGACUUAGUCUUAGCUUGGCUAUUACUCACGCUGGGCACACACCGAAUUGGGACUUUGUUGCUGAUUUUGUAAACACUGUCUCGAACACUUAUAGAUCUCCGAAACAAUGCCGUAAUCGUUAUGAGAGUAUAUUAGUUCCGCGUGAGGAAGGCAAGCAAAUUAUCGAUACAUCUCCUAAGAAGAAAAAGCAGAAGAGCGCUAUGAACAGUGGCAUGAUGUUCAAGUUCCAGGUGCAACCGAAAGCAAACAGACCCACUUCGCAGUUGUAUAUUCAAGACAAUAAUAGCACGUUUACCACGCUAAUGACGCAGAGAUACGAUGCGCUUAAGCUGAUCACACCAACUAAAAAAGUACCACCAAAAGCAACGCCUACCGUUGCUUCCAUUGCUUUGAAAAAUCCGAAACAUGAGGGUAUUUUAAUUGAGCAUGGAAUUGAUUUGGAUCAUCCGAUGAGCGCGGUGGAUAUUGCCAGCAAACGUGCUGAGCGUAAUCGUGACAAGAAGCCGCCUGAUCAAUUGCUUAUGCAGAAGCAGUUGCAGUUGAUACGCCAACAGGUGCAAGCGCAAGCUGCAUCAGCGGCUCAGGCUGGUAACUCGCCCAAUUCAACACCCAGUACAUCGCAAGUGGUCAUCCAGCAGCAACAACAACAGCAGCAGGUUCAAACUGUUUCACAGACAAUACAGGUUACUACAGUGCCGACGAUUGUCAGCGCGGUUCAGACCUCUACUCCGAAUACGCCUCCACCUAAUGCAGCUAGGAUGCAGAGAAUUGUCGCAGCAUCCACUCUGCAAAACCAAUCAGUUGUUUCAUUGCCAGGUAUUAGUGCAGGUCAACUGCAAGCGCAGCGAUUGAUUGUUUCCAGUACUGCUGGACAGUCGAAAGCAACGUUGGUUGGUACCGGUACGAUGACUGCUAAGGCUUUGAGUCCGGCCCAGCUUAUGAUGUUGCGCAAUGCGACGCUCAAGCAACAAACGCAGCAUAUGCGUCUGCAGACGGCUGGGAUAACUCAACAAGCGUUAAAAACCACCACUGUGGUGAACUUGCCGGGUCAAACAGCCGUUGUGCAAUUCACACAGGCGCAACCACGUGCACAUAUUAUCAAGAGCGGAACAGUGGCGGUGGCCAACAAUAAAGUGACGCGUACACUGACUGAAAGUGAAGUUGCCCACUUUUUGAAACUGAAGAGUCAGAAUCAGAAACUCGCUGGGCAGGCGACAACGCUUGCGAAUCAACAGGUAUUUACGCAAACCUUACAGGCGGGACCUUCUGGGACUCAGGUGGCCACGAUUGUUAAAAGUGUUUCUACUUCUGGAGUGACACCAGCAAUGAUUGGAACUCAGGUGAAGACGCUGCCUACGGGCCUGAAAACGCAGGCGACACAGGCGCAAAUUCGACAAAUGCAAAUCCAGCAAUUGAUGCAAAAGAAACUGUUGCAUCAGCAGAAAGUUGCUGGUGUGACUCAAGUUACGGGUAAAGGUGGCGUCGCCACUCAGCUCAUCGUCGGCAACAAGCCGCUUGCCACGGCGAUGACGAUGCAACAAUUUCAGCAGGUGAUACGUUCACCGCUCGCGGUUCCUCCGGUGGUGUUGGCGGCGUCGAAAACUACUUCACGCAUGAUUCCUGUCAAUGCCGGCCAGGGCACUAAACCUACUAUUCAAGUUGUUACAUCUCCGUCACCUGGCUUAACUACGACAAUACGCCCGCAAACGUCAUCGACCUUAACAGCGGCGACGUUGGCGGGUAUCAAGGUGGCGAAUGCCGCCGGCGCUAGCCACUCGCAGCAGCAGGCGAUACUCUCGCAUGUAUCCGCUGUGCUGGGGCAGAACGUGCGCCAAAGCUCCCCGGUGCGCCUCCAGACUGCCGGUACCGUCACCGUGCAGCAAUCCACUAGUCCGAGCCUGCAGCCUGGGGCGGGCGACAAGCCCAACGAUAACGCGGUUUGAAUGCCAGAGGAUGUGCACUGUGUGCGUGAUUCGGCAUGCGAAUUUCAUUCACGCACUCGUCAUUAAACAAAAAAAGUAUAAAUGCGCUAGAAUAAUUUAAUUACAAAGUUAACUCUAAUAAAAUAUUGUGAUGUAAAUUUUUUUUGUAAUAAAUAAUUUAAAAACUGCA